GUUACCAUGGCAACAGCAGCCUCCUCUCCCAGCAUGCACCAGCAGCAGAGAGCAGCAGCAGGGUGGAGCCGCAGACUCACAGACGGACGGACGGACGGACGGACAGCAGCCAGGAGGAGUGAUGAUGGAGGGACAACCCGCCCCUGAGGAGCAGUGCAUGCUGGGAGACUCAGACUCGUGUGCAGCAGCAGUGAAGGAUCCAUCAGAAGCUCUGAAGUCCUCCAGGUCAGCAGGAGGCGCCAGAGCCGCCAAGAUGAUCCCAGCCAAGAGUACAGAGUCGGUGGACGGAGCCAGCAGUCCAGGAAGUCGUUCUCCUACCAGUCGAUCCUCGACUCCCAACAGAGACAUCAAGAAGGUGGCGGUGGUCCGGACACCCCCCAGGUCUCCUGGAUCUGCUCGUGGACGUACGCCCCCCCUCCCGUCCCACCCCAUGCCUGACCUCAGCAACGUUAAGUCAAAGGUCGGAUCCACAGAGAACCUGAAACACACACCUGGAGGGGGCAAGGUUCAGAUUGUCAACAAGAAAAUGAAUCUCACUAAUGUGACAUCAAAGUGCGGCUCCAAAGACAACAUCUCCCACAAACCAGGUGGAGGGAAGGUGGAGAUAAAAUCAGAGAAGGUGGAUUUCAAAGCUGUCCAGUCUAAAGUGGGUUCUCUGGAGAACAUCACUCAUGUGGCAGGAGGAGGGAAGAAGAAGAUCGAGAGUCAGAAACUGGCCUUCAGAGAGCACGCUAAAGCUCGGACUGACCACGGUGCUGACAUCGUCCUCCAGCCUGACUCCUCCCCCGCUCACCUGAGCAGCACCUCCUCCCCCGGAAGCCUUGACGCUGCUGAAGCCCCGCCCCUCGAUGAACUGGCCGACCAGGUGACUGCCUCCCUCACCAAACAAGGCCUGUGAUUGGACAACCAUGUGCCUGCAGGUCCCGCCCCCGUCCUGUAACCAAGGAAACUGCCUGAUGGAAGAACGACAAAACUCAUUAUCCUCCCUUUUUCCUCAUUAACAUCCCGUGACAUCACAUCCUGUUACAGGAUUGGACAGAUUUUAUGAAGUAACUCUCAGACUGUCUGUCCACCGCAGAGACAUCCAGGACACCGUUAGCCUAGCUUAGCAUAAUCACUGCUAGCCUAGCUCCUCCGAAACUUAAACUGUCAGUAAAGCUAACAGUCUCAGUGCUAAAGGAGGUUAACCACACACACAUACACACACACAAACACACACAAACACACA